GCUAGACCUUCGCGGGAGGGAGGUGAACCCGACAUUGGGAAACCGAGCGGCCGACCUCGGUUCCCGGAGAGUGGAGGUCAGCGGGGUCGCACGCACCGCCCUGCGCCUCAAGCUGCCCAUUCCUGUGCUGUUUGCUAAGGGACCCGUGUGCUGUGAAUCACAGGGAUUCUUACAAAAACACCAGCGCCACCUUGACAGGUGGCUUUACCUCCUGAAGCCUUAGUGCUGCUUUCUGCUCUGUGGCGAUUGUUAUAGAGAUGAAAUGAACCUGAGUGCGCCUGUCACAGGUUCCCCAUCAAUAAAGCACAGCCAGCGAGCAGGUGUUCAGCCUUCUCUCUGAGACCACAGCCACUGGCGGCCCAGAGGCUUUGAUGCUGGGCUCUGGUAGGAGGAGGUUGUUCUCAGCUCUGCUGCAGAUUCAGAAGAGGCCCAGUCAACCCUCGAGAGACAUGAGACUGGUACAGUUCCAAGCGCCCCACCUAGAAGAGCCUCACCUGGGCCUGGAGUCAGGGAUUGGUGGAGGAGUUGUGGACCUAAACACUUUUGACCCCAGACUCCCCAAGACAAUGAUGCAGUUCCUGGAGCAGGGAGAAACUACCCUCUCAGUGGCGAGAAGAGCCCUGGCUACCCAGUUGCCAGUCCUCCCUCGGUCACAGGUGACCUUCUUGGCCCCUGUCACCCGGCCAGACAAGGUGGUGUGUGUGGGCAUGAAUUAUGCAGACCACUGCAAAGAACAGAAUGUGCGGGUACCCAAGGAGCCCAUCAUCUUCAGCAAGUUCUCCAGCUCUAUUGUGGGGCCCUAUGAUGAGAUCAUCCUCCCACCUGAGAGUGAGGAAGUGGACUGGGAGGUGGAACUGGCCGUGGUGAUUGGAAAGAAAGGCAAAUACAUCAAGGCCGCAGAUGCCAUGGCUCACGUGGCUGGCUUUACUGUGGCUCAUGAUGUGAGUGCUCGGGACUGGCAGAUGAAGCGCAAUGGAAAGCAGUGGCUACUGGGGAAGACCUUUGACACUUUCUGCCCUCUGGGCCCCGCCCUGGUUACCAGGGACAGCUUAGGAGAUCCGCACAAUUUAAAGAUCUCCUGUCGAGUGAAUGGGGAGGUGGUCCAGAACAGCAACACCAACCAGAUGGUGUUCAAGACUGAAGAGCUGAUAGCCUGGAUUUCCCAGUUUGUCACUCUUUACCCAGGGGACAUCAUCCUGACUGGGACUCCUCCAGGUGUUGGUGUGUUUAGGAAGCCUCCAGUUUUUCUCAAUAAGGGUGAUGAAGUCCAGUGUGAGAUUGAAGAACUUGGUAUCAUCAUCAACAAGGUGGUUUGAUGGCAUCCCUGUAAAUACUGAACUUGAGACAAGGUGAACCAGCCUCACUGCUGGCCCUGCCUACUUGAGGCUGCCCUUAGGUAGGCCUCGGAAAUAAAAUUUCUCUUGAAAUUGCA